CUCUUACCUUUCAUAUUUAAAUAUAUCUACAACUCAUCACCACGAAACCUCAAAAAGCUCUUUGCCAGUAUUUGACUAAAACUUAUCCGAACGUUAAUCUUAUCUUUGGAACAACAACAACAAGUAUGUCUGACGAUGAUGAUUUCAUGCAAGAUUCCGACCAGGAGGAGUAUGUGAAGCCUUACCAGACUUUCCAAAUGUAGCUAACCAAGAUAGAUAUGACUUCGAGUACGAAGAAAAUGAUGACGACGAGGAUGAAGAUGUCGAUAUCGAAAAUAAAUAUUACAAUGCCAAACAAUUGAAGUCUACAGAUCCCGAAGCUGCUAUUGAGGAGUUUCUAGGAAUUCCAGCUCUCGAGCAAGAGAAAGGUGAUUGGGGGUUCAAGGGCUUGAAACAAGCUAUAAAGCUUGAGUUUAACCUUGCUUUAUAUGAUAAGGUAUCAAUUUGUUUUGGCUGAUCAUAUCUUCAUAUCUAAUGAUUGUCCAGGCUGUGGAGCAUUAUCGCGAACUUCUUACCUAUGUCAAAUCUGCGGUAACUCGAAACUACUCGGAGAAGUCCAUUAACAACAUCUUGGACUUUAUCGAAAAAAAAACUGAAGACGAUGCAGCUAGGAAAUGCAUGGAGGAGGUCUAUUCAAACACUCUUGAAUCCUUCCAGAGCACUAAUAACGAAAGAUUGUGGUUGAAAACUAAUAUCAAGCUGGCGAAACUCUUCCUAGACCGUAAGGACUACGCUGCGACAGCGAAGAAAUUACGAGAGCUCCGCAAGGCAUGUGAGUUAGAAGAUGGUACAGAUGACCCAAGCAAGGGCACUUACUCCUUGGAAAUUUACGCAUGUGAGAUUCAAAUGCAUUCUGAGACGAAGAACAACAAGCAAUUGAAGCGGUUGUACGAACGGGCUUUGAAGGUUAAAUCAGCAGUACCACAUCCAAGAAUCAUGGGAAUCAUUCGAGAAUGUGGUGGGAAGAUGCAUAUGGCUGAGGAGAAUUGGAAGGAUGCGCAAAGCGAUUUCUUCCAGUCGUUCAAAGAUUACGACGAAGCUGGAUCCCUACAACGAAUCCAAGUCCUCAAAUAUCUUGUUUUGACAACUAUGUUGAUGAAAUCCGAUAUCAAUCCUUUCGAAUCUCAGGAAACCAAACCAUAUAAGAAUGAUCCUCGUAUCGCCGCAAUGACUGAUCUAGUCGAUGCAUACCAAAGAGAUGAUAUUCACAGAUACGAAGAUGUUUUAAAGAAGAAUAAAGAUCUGAUGUCCGACUCAUUCAUUCGCGAAAACAUUGAUGAAGUAACUCGAAAUAUGAGAACCAAAGCAGUAGUCAAAUUAAUCGCACCUUACACUCGCUUCAAGCUUGAUUUCAUUGGCAAAGCCCUCAAAAUCCCAGUUUCAGAAGUUCAAGACAUCUUAGGCUUCUUGAUUGUUGACAAGAAAGUCAAUGGAAAAAUUAACCAGCAAGAAGGGACGGUCGAAAUUGAGGAUAACCGUGAUGUGGAGCGUCUCAAGGCAAUGCAUGAAUGGACUACGGCCGUAGGUUCUCUGUAUGAGACUAUCUUCAAGGAGUGUGAGGGAUUUAGGAUGAACGAUGUCAAUCAGAUUGGGGAUAUAGAUAAGGAUGCCAAUUCUAUGGGAGGAUAUGUCCGAGCUGGUGAUGUGGGUUUAAAGUAUGGUGGACAGAGAGGAGGAAAACCUCUUGGAAAAGUUAAGAAGGGAUUUUUUUCGGGGGGGUUGUGAGUAUGGCAGUCAGGAUUGACUGAUUAAUUGGUCUUUGAACAAACACUAGGUUCAAUAUUGAUACCAUAAGAACAUAUGUGGGAUGGAAGGGGUUGGGGAUGGGACAGUGUUCUGAAGCCAGAUCACGGUAAUGAUAGAUGAGUUAUGACCAAUGAAUAGGUAAACCACCUACCAUACAGAUACAAUAAUGAACAAGAGAAAUACAGUUUUCAUCUCAUUUACCUAUUCACUCUCCUUUUCCUUUCUUUCCUUUCCCUUCCGUUCUCCGGAACCAAAAUAUCUAUAAUUAACCUCUCCUUCAGGCUCCAUACAUCCCAGAGCCUCCCCCCACUCAAUCCCUUCUCCCCGAACCGCUCCCAGUACAUCCAAUGCAUAUUUCGAUCACAUCACAUCGUCUCGAUCGAUCGAUCGAUCGGCACAAUCAAACGUGGCUGGCGGAGGUUGCAAUAUAUACCCUGAAUAUAGAUAGACGAGAUGGCAGGAGCGAGGAAGUGAUCGAUGGCUGCCUGUGGGGGUCAAUAUUUCUAUACGAUGUAUUGCGUUUUGAGGUGGCUGGGCGCCGGGCAAGUGGGUGGGUGGUUGGUAGCUAGAGUUAGAGUUAGAGUUAGAGUUAGAGAUUAGAGACUAGGGACUGGGAGACUGGAAGCUAGAGACUGGAGUUUAGAGGCUUUUUUUAGAUUCUUUGUUUGUUGGGUUGGGUUUUUGAGUUCGGUUGGCUUUUUUGGGUUGGCUUUGGGUAUGGGGUUGGCGUUGGGGUUGGGUUUGAGUUUUGAGUUUGGGGAGAUGGGGUUCGGGUUUGCGUUUGGGAGAUGGGAAGAUGGGUUGGUAAGGGGUAUUUGGGUGGGUGGGU